UGAUCUAGUUACUACUAUUCUCAACACAUACCAACACAUUGAUUCAUUUUUGAAAAGGAAAAUACAAGAGCUUGAUUGAAGUACAACGCCUUAGACAAGUCUGUCAAAAAAUGGCCAAGCUCCUUUGCUUCCAUCUUUUCUCUGUUUUCAUCGUCUUCCUAGUUUUCAAUUCAGUAAUGGCAAAUGGUGUAACUAUCGACAACUUAUGUAAAGCAAAUCUAGGACCCAUUGCAGGCGAUUGCAAAACAGAAUGCAGCAGUACCAUUCCUGGCAGUGGUGCCGAAGUGGUCAACAAUGAAUGCAUAUGCACAUACCCAUGCAACCAAAGUGUAAUAGGAUAAGAAACAUGUCUGUAUCUUUAAUGUUGGAAUAAGCAUAUUCAAUGCAAAUUAUAAGGAAUGGAAUAAAACAAGCCAUUUCCUUUUUUUUAUUAUAUUAUAUGUUGACUUCGAGUUAUAAACUAAGCCCUUCAAU